CUGAGGCCAAAGCCCAGUCGCUUGGUGUCUGAAGCGGCAGCGAGCGGAGUGGGGCGAGAGGCUUCCGUCUCUGGGCUGAGGAAACUACCCUGCGAACGCCAGCGAGAGUGGCAGUGAUUGAGGAAAGGAGGGACGCUUUAUUCGAAGUCUCGGCUCAGUUAAAUACCCAUUACAAAGCAUCUUCCCCUUAUUAAAGGAAAAAGGCCUGCGGAGAUGGGCGACAAGGCGGGGACCAGAGUCUUCAAGAAGUCCAGCCCCAACUGCAAGCUCACAGUAUACUUGGGGAAGAGGGACUUUGUGGAUCAUCUAGAUCACGUGGACCCUGUAGAUGGGGUGCUCUUGAUUGACCCAGAAUACCUAAAAGACAGAAAAGUGUUUGUGACUCUGACGUGUGCCUUCCGAUAUGGUCGUGAAGACCUGGACGUGCUGGGCCUUUCUUUCCGAAAGGAUCUCUUCAUCUCCAGUUUCCAGGCCUUUCCCCCUUUGCCUGAGGAGCGCAAACCGCUCAGUCGGCUACAGGAGAGACUGCUCAAGAAGCUAGGCCAGAACGCGUACCCCUUCAACUUCACGAUUCCUCAGAACCUUCCCUGUUCAGUGACUCUACAGCCCGGCCCAGAGGACACAGGAAAGGCAUGUGGUGUUGACUUUGAAGUCAGGGCAUUUUGUGCCAAAACUGUGGAUGAGAAGACUCACAAACGGAACUCUGUGCGGUUGGUCAUUCGUAAGGUGCAGUACGCUCCAGAGAAGCCUGGGCCGCAGCCAAUGGUGGAGACCACACGCAGCUUCCUUAUGUCUGACCGCUCCCUUCACCUCGAGGCCUCGCUAGACAAAGAGCUCUACUACCAUGGUGAACCUAUCAGUGUCAAUGUCCAUGUCACCAACAACUCCACCAAAACAGUUAAACGAGUUAAAAUCUCUGUGCGACAGUAUGCCGAUAUCUGUUUGUUCAGCACCGCACAGUACAAAUGUCCUGUGGCUCAGGUAGAAGCCGAUGACCAGGUGUCACCCAGUUCCACGUUCUGUAAGGUGUACACCCUCACCCCCACACUGUGCAAUAACAGAGAGAAGAGGGGUCUUGCUCUGGAUGGACAGCUAAAACAUGAAGACACCAACUUGGCCUCCAGUACCAUAGUGAAGGAUAUGUCCAAUAAGGAGGUCCUGGGAAUCUUGGUGUCCUACAGAGUUAAAGUCAAGCUUGUGGUGUCUCGUGGAGGUGAUGUGUCAGUGGAGCUGCCUUUUGUCUUGAUGCACCCCAAGCCCUCCGAACAGCCCAACUCUAGACCGCAGUCAGCUGUGCCAGAGACAGAUGCCCCUGUGGACGCCAACCUCAUAGAGUUUGAAACAAAUAAUUUCUCACAGGAUGAUGACUUUGUGUUUGAGGACUUUGCAAGGCUGAGGCUGAAGGGAAUGAAAGAUGAGGAGGACGACCACUUCUGCUAACGGCCCCUACACACACACACACACACACACACACACACACGCGACACCGUGUAGAGGUUGUAAGGAAGGGCGACAGGGGUGGGGUGUCAACCUGCCAGUACUCUUAUACCUCUGCUCCACUGGGCCCAUAUGAUAGAGUGGAGCACUUACUGAUAUCGUCAGAGCUUUCUUUCUUUCUUUCUUUCUUUCUUUCUUUCUUUCUUUCUUUCUUUCUUUCUUUCUUUCUUUCUUUCUUUCUUUCUUUCUUUCUUUCUUUCUUUCUUUCUUU